AGGGCGCGGGUGCUGGUGCUGAGUCGCUGCCAUGGAGACGCGUCCCGAGGGGGAGGGGGAGCCGGCGGCGCGGGCCGGGCCCUAGAGAGAGGCGGCGGCUCCCGGGGGAAGGCUCAGCAGUAGCUCAGUGUGAGAGCCAGGGUGUGCCCCAUGAAGGAGAGCCCAGGAUGCAAGGGGGUGCAGGAAUUGCUGCUUGGCAAGGAGAAAGGCAAGGCCAACAGCAAGCAGCCAGGUAAGGGGAUCCUAACCCCUACGCCAUACUCAUCCCCACCACAGGCCACAGGCAAGAAGAAGCCAAAGAAGAAGAAAAAGAAAGCAGACCGGGAUGACAGUAACACCAGGAGCAGUGGGCAUGGCAGCAGCCCCUCCGCCUCUGAGGAGACAGAUAAACAUCACAGCAAAAGCAGGAAGCAUCAGACCCUCUCUGCUCAGUUACUUGAAAUAAGCAUAAGGAAGGAUCCUGACCCAGCACAAGAUGCUGUAAAGGGGAUUCACACUGAUGCGGAAAUAAAUAAGCUUUUAUUAUCAGCUUCCACUACUUCAGGCUCUACCCAAACAGAGCAGGACAUUUCUGAUCAGAUCAAUGAAAGCCUUCGGUGGGACGGGAUUCUUGAAGAUCCUGCUGCUGAGGAAGAAAGGCUGCGUAUCUAUAAACUGAACAGAAGGAAACGCUACGGGUUAUAUGUCCAGCAACAGCUACCCCCAGAGCCAUGUUUGACUCUCAAGCAUUUCCCAUUACUUCAAACCAAAGAUCCAUACACAAACAGUGGUCAGACAAUAAGCCAGGAGGAUCGCUCCAGUCCUUAUUUUCAGGAAAAUAAAGAUGAAGAGGUCCUGAAUGCUGAGCUAGCUACCAAAGUGUCUGAACUGCAACCAGCAGCAUUACCAAAUAUUUCUCAGGAAGUUGUGUAAACCAGUAUUGUUCUCUAUUUUAUAUCUGUAUUUAAAACAGUAACGGCAACAAAACCGUUACUUUGAAACUUUGUAUAUACCUUUGUUCACGGCAAUGUUGUUAGUGGGAUUAAUUCCCCAUACUAACAGGGUAUUCCGUUUACUUCGGCCAGACCUGUUAUAAAACACUACAUGGAAAGUGGACAAAAAAACAAUUAUUUUGAUGGUUUUAUUAAAGGUUCUCUACAUCCUA